UAUACCUGUUUUGUCUUGCUUGUAGAAUGAUGGAUGGCCGUCCUGUGCCAGUCCUCAUUCAGAAUGAGGACACAGGAGUCUUUGACUUAGAUGAAGAGGCCCUGCAAGAGGUACUCCUGAAUCCCAAGAUUGCAGAUAAGUAUGUCUGUGUUCUUGCCGUGGCCGGAGCCUUUCGGAAAGGGAAGUCUUUCCUUCUCGAUUUCCUCCUGAGAUACAUGAGUUCCCAGCAAUCAGAUAACUGGCUUGGUGACUUUGAACAACCACUGAGGGGCUUUAAAUGGCGACAAGGGUCAAGACGUGAGACAACAGGUGUCCUCAUAUGGAGUGAACCUUUCUUGAUCAAAAGACGAUCUGGAGAAGAGAUUGCUGUGAUUCUGAUGGACACUCAAGGAACAUUUGAUACACAGUCAUCAAUGAAGGAUUCCACUACUGUUUUUGCCCUUACAACAAUGGUGUCCUCUGUGUUAGUAUACAAUCUGAUGAACAAUAUACAAGAAGAUGACUUGAUGAACCUCCAGCUCUUCACAUCGUAUGGGAUGCUGGCUCAAGAAGAUUGUGACAGUGCUCAUCCAUUUCAGCUGAAGAGUGGGGUAGCCACAGGUAUAAGUGAUAUCCCUGCUGAACUACUAAAGGCUGAGGGUAAACCUAUGGUACGGGGCUUGCAUGUAGUCUUGACUGACAUCUGGAAGUCAGGUUCCAUUCCCCCUGGACUUACUACUGGCAAGUUCCCAAUAGAGCAUAUCUUUGUACUUUGA